AUGAAAUGGAGCGAUGUAUGUGUGCACAUAAUGGGAUUGGGUUUGGAGAGCCAUCGUGGUUUUGUGGUUGUGGAUGAUGGUGAUGAUGAUGAAGUUAUAGUUCUUUGUGGUUGUCGUGAACACUGGCAACUGAUAUCAGAGGAAACGAAAGGAAAGGUGGGAAGGAACGGAGCACUGAGUUUUGCUACUGGGCUGCCUUGGUUACACGCUUCGACGACUAGUGGCAGUGUUGAGUUGUCGGCCAUCAUCAUUUUCCACUCAUGCGGCGGUCAUCUCAACACUGCCGUCGAUUCACGUCGUCUAAUGUCAUUUACUCUGCUGUUGCUUCUGCCACUCUUCGUUCCUUGUUUCGUCGUUCCGCUGCCUCAGUGGGCGCAUCUAAUGCCUACCACUUGUGGCUUUCCAAAUUGCAAAUUUCGAUCUCGCUAUCGGGGCCAAGAAGACAAUCGUCAUUUCUAUCGCAUUCCUAAACGACCACAGGUGCUGCGCCAACGUUGGUUGCACGCUAUUGGCCGAACUGAAGAGACUGUUGUAAGUCAGGUUAGUGGUGUAUUAAGUGGCUUGUUGCUAAAAUGUGAUGGUCGCUUGAUCGCGAAACCGAACCUCAAACCUUUGCAGCUUCGUAUUUGUUCUGCGCAUUUCGAGGGCGGUGAAAAGAAGGAGGGUGAUAUCCCUGUGCCCGAUCCACAGUUGGACACGCCUAUUUCAAUAUCGUUACCGCCGAAAGAGACAAAAAACGCGGAACGUCGAAAGGCUGCAGCGUGUGCAGCUGCCCGGAGUGCUACUGUGAAAAGUAACAGCUCACGCUCCCAAGAAAGCGGUAGUCGUCACUCGAACCUGAAACGAAUUGCACUUAACAGUGCUGCUGCUACUACUACUACUACUGCUACUGGUGCUGGUGCAAAUCAUCAUCACCGUCAUCAUCUGCUCAACUCCAAGAAUAGAUUUCUGAUCGUUGACGAUUCAAAGCACCAUCAUCCUGCCCAUCAGCAACAUCUGCUGAAUCAAGAUUCGAAUCAGCUUCAGGAUCCUCUAAAUCCAACAACUCUAAAUCAUCAUCAAACAGCUCCAAUAAGCCCAACAACUUCUUCAUCCACAGCAACUGUUGUCACCACUACUGCGAUUACUUCUUCGAAUAGUGUUGCAAAUACUGUUGACAAUAAUACCACCAACUGCAAUUCGCAACACCAAGCAUCCGUUCAGCAGCCACCCAACAGUCGACGUCGUCAGCCAUCUACUACUACUGCAGCAGCAGCAUCUUCAUCCAGCAACAAUCACACAUCCCACCAGUCCACCACAACCAAUAGCACUGUUCUUACCCUCGCUGACCUUCGCACCCAUUUCGUCUCCGACAUUCUCACCAUGAGCGGUCGUAUGUCAAAUGGUGCAAGUGCUCGGCCUUUGGUCGCCUUAUUGGAUGGCCGAGAUUGUUCGAUUGAAAUGCCCGUGCUGAAAGAUGUUGCAACUGUUGCGUUCUGCGAUGCACAGUCAACUCAUGAGAUACACGAAAAGGUUUUGAAUGAAGCAGUUGCGGCGUUAAUGUGGCACUCAAUAACGUUGGAGCGCGAAGAUUUGGAAAAGUUUAAAGCACUGCGAGUGGUUGUGAGGAUUGGCACUGGUAUUGACAAUAUCGAUAUUAAGGCUGCCACAGAACUCGGUAUUGCGGUUUGUAAUACUCCCGGUGAUUGCGUGGAAGAGGUUGCAGAUACGACAAUGUCUUUGAUAUUGAAUAUGUAUAGGAAAACUUAUUGGUUAGCAAAAGCUGUAUCCGAAGGUAAAAAGAUAUUGGGCGUUGAACAAGUUCGAGAAUUAGCGAAUGGCAGUACACGAAUUCGGGACGAUAUGUUAGGGAUUAUAGGAUUGGGUCGAGUGGGUACGGCCGUAGCAAUGCGUGCAAAAGCGUUCGGAUUUAAGAUUUGUUUCUUCGAUCCUCAUCUACCCGAAGGGGUGGACAAGGCGUUGGGAUUGGAACGUUGUUACAAUCUGGAUGAUGUCUUAUUUAAAUCUGAUUGUAUCACUCUGCAUUGCCCCCUCACCGACGAAACCAGGCAUAUGAUCAACGACAUGACAAUCAAACAGAUGCGACCUGGAGCGUUCAUUGUAAAUACGGGUCGAGGAGGCCUCAUUCAAGAAAGUGCGCUCGGUGAUGCUUUGAAAUCUGGGCAUAUUAAAGCAGCUGCGUUAGACGUUCAUGAACAUGAACCAUUCGAUCCUUUGGCCAUGGGACCUUUAACAUCAGCACCAAAUAUCAUUCAUACACCUCAUUCGGCUUGGUUUUCGGAUACGUCCUGUAAAGAUCUUCGUCUGUCAGCUGCACGUGAAGUAAGGCGUGCAAUAUUGGGUCGAUGUCCUCAUGAUCUCACGAACUGUGUUAACAAAGAAGCACUUCUGGCUGCGCAUGCUCGUCGACCCACGUCCACAUCAACUGCACCCAACGUAUCCACCUCGUUCAAUCCACUUGCUGCUGCUAUGCCUAAUUUUGGUACUUCUAUCGCUGACGGGUUUAGUAGUUUACCGGUAGGAAGUAGCUUGCCAUCAUUUCCAUAUUCGAAUCCUUUGCUUGCAAUGGGUAAUCCGUUGUUGAAUCCGUUGAUGAUGAAUCCGAGCACGGCUGCACUGGCCAGUUUCGCAAGCGCAGCCGCGAACACACACCACAGUGGUCCAGCGGCUGCCCUGUCUUCACUAGCGGCUGCCACCACUGGCAUAACCCCUUCGGCAUCACCAGCCGCACGACAGUCUCCGGCUGUACAGAUUUCGCACUCUCCGAAGGCCAACAAUAGCUCCCGAUCAACGAUCUCGCCAGCUGUUCGACCAACCGCUUCUCCAGAGACAAGUACAGACACUACAAAAGCUGACUCUCCUCCAAGCCAGCAGCAGCAACAACACCUUGCUGCUUCAACCACUACGACAACAUCUCCUUGCAAGAGUCCCGGGCCUACCACUGUCGCUAAGGUUCCAACGAUCGCACUAGAUUCAUUGGGCAAUUUGGCGGAUGACGAUGCACCCUCAGCACUUAAGCUUGAUGCUGAAUGA